AUGUAUUUUAUUAAUUUAUUUAAUUUCAAUUUUUGUAUUUUUUUGUAUUUUUUCCCUUUUAUUUUUCAGCCCGAUGGAAGUCUUGAACGUUUAGUGAAGGAGUCAGAAAUGCUCUCACAAUCAUUUGGACAUUUAUUUGACCUUAUUCUGGUCAAUAAUGAUAUUGAUGAAACUAUUAGACAGUUGGAAAGGGUUGUAGAAAAAUUAUCGGCUACACCACAAUGGGUACCUAUAUCUUGGGUUUAUUAA